AUUCUGGGGAAAUUCCAGAUUGUGAAACUGGAAGUCUGCAGGUGGUUGGGUGUUUGUUGUUUUAAAGUAAUUAAGUGUCGUUAUUCACUGUGCUGAGAUUCUUUCAUCCUGGUUACUGGUAAUUUUAUACAGGGAAGAGUACUGGAGGCGUAUCAGGAAGAAGCUGAGAUUUCCAGGAGUGGCUUUAUAACUUGCUGAACAGUAUUGUUUCUUAACCAGACACAAUGAAGCCUGCUGUGUUUCUCCUUAUGUUGUGCUUUGUUAGUGCUUCAGCUGAGCAGCAAUGUAACCACUCUCCUAGUGACUGGUGCAGCUCCUGGGAAAUUGCUAAAGCCUGCCAGGUGGAAGAGCAGUGCUUGGAAUACUACACACGUAAAGAACACAAACUGAGCCAAGAACCAGCGGUGCAAAUUGAACUGUAUUAUGAAGGCCUUUGUCCAGCUUGUCGCCAAUUUCUUAGUCGUCAACUAUUCCCUACAUGGCUAAUGUUGGCUGACAUUAUGAAUAUUACACUGGUGCCUUAUGGGAAUGCAGAGGAGAAAAAUGUUUCUGGAAAGUGGGAAUUUGAUUGUCAGCAUGGACCAGAUGAAUGUUUUAUAAACACAGUAGAGACAUGUCUCAUGUUUCAGCUGAAGGAUAUAUUGAGUUAUUUUCCGAUUAUAUUCUGUAUGGAAGUUUCCACUAAUAUCAAAAAGUCUUUGGAACCAUGCCUUGCAGUAUUUGAGCCAGAUCUCUCAGCCAAAGAAGUGUUGGGGUGUGUGAAUGGAGACUUGGGUAACAAGCUUAUGCACCAAAAUGCCCAGCGCACGGCAGCACUAAAUCCUCCUCAUAAGUAUGUGCCAUGGAUAGUCGUUAAUGGGAAACACAAUGAUUCUUUGGAAGCUGAAGCCCAAAGUGCUUUGUUUCACCUUGUAUGUGAUUUAUACACUGGGCCGAAGCCAGAUGCCUGUUCAGGAGAAGGAGUUACCCCAUUAAAGAGGGAUUCCCUAUGUUUAGCUUGAAUUAUCAAGUGCUGUGAACAAAUAUUUUUAAGAAAGUGGGAAAGUGAAGAAAAAAAAUCACACUAAAUAAUAAGAAUCUUUUUUUUACUGACUGUAUACAGUAUAUAUAUAUAUAUGAACAGUAAAGAUAAUUUUUUGACUGCCCUAA